AUGGAGAAGUAUCGAUAUAACGAGAAGUAUCGAUAUAUCGAAAAGUAUCAAUAUAUCGAAAAUACCGAUAUAUCGAUAAGUACCGAUAUAUCGAAAAGUACCGAAAAGAUAUCGAAAAGUAUCGAAAAGAUAUCGAAAAGUAGCGAUAUAAUAUCGAAAAGUAUCGAAAAGAUAUCGAAAAGUAUCGAAAAGAUAUCGAAAAAUAUCGAUAAGUAUCGAAAAGAUAUCGAUAAGUAUCGAAAAGAUAUCGAUAAGUAUCGAAAAGAUAUCGAUAAGUAUCGAAAAGAUAUAGAUAAGUUUCGAAAAGAUAUCGAAAAGUAUCGAAAAGACAUCGAAAAGUAUCGAAAAGUUAUCGAAAAGUAUCGAAAAGAUAUCGAAAAGUAUCGAAAAGUUAUCGAAAAGUAUCGAAAAGAUAUCGAAAAGUAUCGAAAAGAUAUCGAAAAGUAUCGAAAAGAUAUCGAAAAGUAUCUAUAUAUAUCGAGAAUAUCGAUAUAUAAGUACCGAAAAGAUAUCGAAAAGUACCGAAAAGAUAUCGAAAAGUACCGAAAAGAUAUCGAAAAGUAUCGAAAAGAUAUCGAAAAGUAUCGAAAAGAUAUCGAAAAGUAUCGAAAAGAUAUCAAAAAGUAUCGAUAUAUCGAUAAGUAUCGAAAAGAUAUCGAAAAGUAUCGAUAUAUCGAUAAUAUCGAUAUAUCGUACCGAAAAGAUAUCGAAAAGUACCGAAAAGAUAUCGAAAAGUACCGAAAAGAUAUCGAAAAGUACCGAAAAGAUUUCGAAAAGUACCGAAAAGAUAUCGAAAAGUACCGAAAAGAUAUCGAAAAGUACCGAAAAGAUAUCGAAAAUUACCGUAAAGAUAUCGAAAAGUACCGAAAAGAUAUCGAAAAGUACCGAAAAGAUAUCGAAAAGUACCGAAAAGAUAUCGACAAGUACCGAAAAGAUAUCGACAAGUACCGAAAAGAUAUCGACAAGUACCGAAAAGAUAUCGAAAAGUACCGAAAAGAUAUCGAAAAGUACCGAAAAAAUAUCGAAAAGUAUCGAUAUAUCGAAAAUAUCGAAAAGAUAUCGAAAAGUAUCGAAAAGAUAUCGAAAAGUAUCGAAAAUAUAUCGAAAAGUAUCAUAAAGAUCGAAAAGUAUCGAAAAGAUAUCGAAAAGUAUCGAUAUAUCGAAAAGUAUCGAUAUAUCGAAAAAAAAGGUAUCGAAAAGUACCGAAAAGAUAUCGAAAAGUACCGGAAAGAUAUCGAAAAGUACCGAAAAGAUAUCGAAAAGUACCGAAAAGAUAUCGAAAAGUACCGAAAAGAUAUCGAAAAGUAUCGAAAAGAUAUCGAAAAGUAUCGAAAAGAUAUCGAAAAGUAUCGAAAUGAUAUCGAAAAGUAUCGAAAAGAUAUCGAAAUGUAUCGAUAUAUCGAAUAUAUCGAUAUAUCGAAAAGUACCGAUAUAUCGAAAAGUACCGAAAAGAUAUCGAAAAGUAUCGAAAAGUACCGAAAAGAUAUCGAAAAGUACCGAAAAGAUAUCCAAAAGUACCGAAAAGAUAUCGAAAAGUACCGAAAAGAUAUCGAAAAGUACCGAAAAGAUAUCGAAAAGUACCGAAAAAUUUUCGAAAAGUAUCGAAAAGAUAUCGAUAAGUAUCGAAAAGAUAUCGAUAAGUAUUUAUAUAUAAUGAAAAUAUCGAUAUAUAAUGAAAAGUAUCGAAAAGAUAUCGAUAAGUAUCGAAAAGAUAUCGAUAAGUAUCGAAAUUUUAUAGAUAAGUAUCGAAAAGAUAUCGAAAAGUAUCGAAAAGAUAUCGAAAAGUAUCGAAAAGACAUCGAAAAGUAUCGAAAAGAUAUCGAAAAGAUAUCGAAAAGUAUCGAAAAGAUAUCGAAAAGUAUCGAAAAGAUAUCGAAAAGUACCGAAAAAAUAUCGAAAAGUAUCGAUAUAUCGAAAAAUAUCGAAAAGUACCGAAAAGAUAUCGAAAAGUACCGAGAAGAUAUCGAAAAGUAUCGAAAAGAUAUCGAAAAGUAUCGAAAAGAUAUCGAAAAGUAUCGAAAAGAUAUCGAAAAGUAUCUAUAUAUAUCGAAAAGUAUCUAUAUAUAUCGAAAAUACCGAAAAGAUAUCGAAAAGUACCGAAAAGAUAUCGAAAAGUACCGAAAAGAUAUCGAAAAGUACCGAAAAGAUAUCAAAAAGUACCGAAAAGAUAUCGAAAAGUACCGAAAAGAUAUCGAAAAGUACCGAAAAGAUUUCGAAAAGUACCGAAAAGAUAUCGAAAAGUACCGAAAAGAUAUCGAAAAGUACCGAAAAUAUAUCGAAAAGUACCGAAAAGAUAUCGAAAAGUACCGAAAAGAUAUCGAAAAGUACCGAAAAGAUAUCGAAAAGUACCGAAAAGAUAUCGAAAAGUACCGAAAAGAUAUCGAAAAGUACCGAAAAGAUAUCGACAAGUACCGAAAAGAUAUCGAAAAGUACCGAAAAGAUAUCGAAAAGUAUCGAAAAGAUAUCGAAAAGUAUCGUUAA